GGUUACGUAGUGGUGCUUUUGAUCCGUCUAUUCCGCAUUUCGUGCUGUUGUUGACAGGUCUCGAACUUGGAAGACUCAACGCGUGUCUGUUACAUCGUAAAAUGAAGACAUUUUAGGAUUUAUCUUGUCGUUUUUGGUAUUACUAUGGACUAACUUGUAAUCAUGGUUGUGAAUUCAGUGCAUUGGUUUCGGAAGGGACUGCGUUUACACGAUAAUCCCGCUUUACAGGAAGCUCUAAAUGGCGCUGACACUGUGCGAUGUGUUUAUAUUUUGGAUCCGUGGUUUGCUGGGUCCGCCAACGUCGGUAUCAACAGAUGGAGGUUUCUGCUGGAGUCUUUGGAGGACCUGGACAGCAGUUUGAGGAAGCUGAAUUCUAGACUGUUUGUGGUGCGUGGCCAACCUGCCAACGUGUUUCCCAGUCUCUUUAAGGAGUGGAACGUCACCCGGUUGACCUUUGAGUAUGACUCUGAGCCCUAUGGGAAGGAGAGAGAUGGAGCCAUCAUUAAAAUGGCCCAGGAGUUUGGAGUGGAGACCAUAGUGAGGAAUUCUCACACACUCUACAACUUGGACAGGAUCAUUGAGCUGAACAACUGCCCUCCGCUCACGGUCAAGAAUCACCCGGUCAUUGAGAUGAACAACGGCAGUCCCCCGCUGACCUUCAAGAGGUUCCAGGCCUUAGUGAACAGGCUAGAGCUACCAAUGAAACCCCUGCCCACAAUCACACAAGAACAGAUGGACAGUUGUCGGACGAAGAUCGCUGACAACCACGACGAACACUACAGCGUCCCCUCUCUGGAAGAGCUCGGAUUCAAGACUCAAGGCCUGAACCCUGCGGUGUGGAAGGGAGGGGAGUCUGAAGCGCUAGAGAGACUCAACAAACACUUAGACAGAAAAGCCUGGGUGGCUAACUUUGAGCGACCCAGGAUCAACAUGUGUUCGCUGAUCGCCAGCCCCACAGGCCUCAGCCCCUACCUACGCUUUGGAUGCUUAUCAUGUCGAGUCUUCUACUACAACCUGAGGGAACUCUACAUGAAGUUGCGGAAGCAUUGCAGUCCCCCGCUCUCUUUAUUCGGCCAGCUUCUGUGGAGAGAAUUCUUCUAUGCAGCGGGCACCAACAACCCAAACUUCGACCGGAUGGAGGGCAACCCCAUCUGUGUUCAGAUCCCCUGGGACCAUAACCCUGAGGCCCUGGCCAAGUGGGCAGAGGGGAGCACAGGCUUCCCCUGGAUAGACGCUAUCAUGACCCAGCUGAGGCAGGAGGGUUGGAUCCACCACCUGGCCAGACACGCUGUGGCCUGCUUCCUGACCCGGGGAGACCUGUGGAUCAGCUGGGAGAGCGGCAUGAGGGUGUUCGAGGAGCUGCUGCUGGAUGCAGACUGGAGUGUGAACGCAGGCAGCUGGAUGUGGCUCUCCUGCAGUGCCUUCUUCCAGCAGUUCUUCCACUGUUACUGCCCUGUGGGCUUCGGAAGGAGGACCGACCCCAGCGGAGACUACAUCAGGCGCUACAUUCCUAAGUUGAAGGACUAUCCCAACCGAUACAUCUAUGAGCCGUGGAGAGCCCCAGAGUCUGUCCAGAAGGCAGCCAAAUGCAUCGUGGGAGUGGACUACCCCCAGCCCAUGAUCAACCACGCAGAGGGCAGCAGGCUCAACAUAGAGAGGAUGAAGCAGGUCUACCAGCAACUCUCCCACUACAGAGGCCUCAGUCUCCUGGCAUCUGUGCCCACCAUUCAGGAAGAGGCGGAGCCUCCCCCGACAGACGACUCUCAGGCCAGCAGCAGCACCUGUGAUUCACCCCCACACACUUCGUCUGCCCAGUCCAACACUCUGAAGAGAGGCAGGCCCUCUGAACCACAAAGCACCCAGACGUGCACCCACACAAAACACCAGCACACCAGCCCUAGCAAAGACCAGGAGCAGCAAUGGGAGGAACAGUCAGAACAUCAGCCAGUGGAUCUGCAGUGACACACGGAGCUUGCCAUGUGGGAUGGUGUAUGGCAGAAAGACAUGGCAGAAGACUUCUGAUGUCCUGCGCUCACCCCUAUCCUUCUGGCAAGACUGGUCACUUACAUACAUACAUACAUACAUACAUACACAAACACACACACACACACACACACACACACACACACACACAGUGUUUUACAUACCAUAACCGGUUUAUAAAAUCUACCAAUAACAGCCAAUCCAGAUCAGUGUUAAAAACAGCACCAUACUGGCCAAUAAUGUAUGUGUAUACAGCAAGGUUACAACGAGUGUAUUAUAUAGCAGGUUAGUGCUUACACCUUUCCUUUCAGCUUUCCUAAUCUGUUUUUUUUUUUUUUUUUACCACAUUUUAUUAGUGUGUGAAUAACCGCUUUAAGACUACAAUAGACCCUCAAAGAUACUAACCUUAGAGUUAGGAACUCACCGGGCAAUCUCAAACUGGGGGAAAUGUUUCAAAUCCCCAGAAAACUGAACACACGAUAACAAAACACAUAAAUACGUAAAUACGCAGUUCAUAUGUUCUAUAAAGGUUUGAUACGAUUUCUAUGUGCAUUUCAAAGUUGUGGAUAUUUCAGUGUUCCGAACGACCUCAAUUCUCGAUGUGUUCAUAUCUCUGAGGUUCCACUGUCCAUUUAUCUGUUUGCUAUUUUGCUGUAUGUUAUUUUGACUUUGAUCACAAUUACGUGAUUGGUCUGGAAACUUAAUAUUUUGCCUGUGGCAGAGAAGAUAUAUUAUCAAUCAGUGAAAUAACCAACAAUUAAAACUAUGGAGAAUCAUAAUCUGUCAAACCUUACUGGAAAAAGAACGGCAGUCAGCUGCUUCUACCCACCAUGGAAAGUGAGGCUGCGGCCACACAGAAUGAUGAAACGUAUGAAAAAUGCAUAUGUAUUCGUCACUGUUCAUUUAAACAUGUCACAGACGAGUUGCUGAUUUAAACUUGUCACGUAUGAGUUGAUUAUUUAAACUUCUCACAUAUCAGUUGCUUAUGUAAAAAAUUUACUGACAAAACUGCUGAUAGACAUUUUAUAAUUUCUGUAGCCCAUCAACCAACAGAACAUCCACUGGCUCAAUAUGUUUUUGACGGAUUCACAAAAUCUGUCAGGCCUCAACACUACAACACUACAGUUAAUGAUAAUACUGUCUAUAAUAAUACAAUAAUUACUUGUUUUGCUAAAUACCAUAUGUGUAAAGGAUUUGUAUUAAUUCCCGCUAUAUUCUGUUUAUAUUUACGCAUUUAUCAGCCGUGUGUGUGUGUGUGUGUGUGUGUGUGUGUGUGUAUUUUACCGUAAAAAUUGAUCUUUAUCAAAACGAACAUGACUUUCCCCAAAACCUUGGUAGCAUUAAGAUCAUCUUAUGUCCGUUGGUAGGCAGUUGAUAAACAAUGAUCUUGGUGCUACACAUGUGUUGGGAAACUCACCCCAGUGUUGUGGAACUACUCAGAAGGGUACGAGUUGAGUGGGAAAUACUAACCGAGUCAACCUCCAUUUAUAUUUCCCAUUAACACAGAGACCAUCUUGUCAUCAUUUGUCAGUCACCAAAUAUUGUACAUCCCAAGCAAAAGUGUACAUUCACUAUAAUUUAAGUUGCCAUGAUGAGCUUUUGUUAAAUAGUUGUAUUUAUUUGUUUUAGAAUUGUACAAAGGAGUUUAUUUUCAUUAAAGCGCUGAUAUAAUUGUGACCCCAUUCAGUAUUCUUGUUUGUAAUUGUUUUAUGGACCUUACUAUCACAUUCUGGAAUUCACUAUUGUAAUGAUGAAAAUGACUGUAGUAGUAGUCUAGUUUGUAAUAAAUGUAGUUAAUUCA